CCUUUUUGGCCCUUUAUGCAGGAAAGCCAUUUCAACCAGUAUCCAUCUCAUGGCAAUCGCUCAGACAUUGUGAGGUCACCAGGAAUUGGAGAAGAGAUGAGCGAGACCCAGAAAAAAAAGGAUGUUUUCCGGCCGUCCUUGCUUGAUAUGGAAACUAGUCGCCGUGACCGUUGGCGUGAUGAAGAAAGAGACACUCAUUCCUCAAUUCGCAAAGAUCGCUGGAGGGAUGGAGAUAAAGAGCACGGUGAGGCCCGCAGGAUGGAUAGAUGGACAGAAAAUUCUUCCAUACGGCACUAUGGUGAACUGCGCCGGGCUCCCUCUGAAAGGUGGACUGAGUCAGGUAACAGGGAUACCAAUUAUGAUCAACGGCGUGAGAGCAAAUGGAACACACGCUGGGGGCCUGAUGAUAAAGAGACAGAUGGUUUACGUGACAGAUGGAUUGACUCUAGUAAAGAUGGUGACAUGCCUGUUGAUAAAGGAUUGUCUCAUGCUUCUAGUCAUGGAAAGGAUGAGAGGGAUGGGGAUAGUUAUCGACCCUGGAGAUCUAACUCAUUACAAAGUCGAGGAAGGGGAGACCCUGCUCAUCACCAUUCUCUAACACCUAACAAACAGGUUCCUACAUUUUCCUACAGCCGGGGACGUGGGGAAAGCACUCCUCCUAUUUUUUCUUCUGGUCGUGGAAAGCUGAAUUCCAGUGGGAGCUUUAUGAACAGUGUUUCUACCCAUUCUCAGCCUCUGGGAAUUCUCUCUGACAAGGUUGAAAGUAGCCAUGGAGAAUAUCGUGCAUUAAGAUAUAGUAGAACGAAAUUGCUUGAUGUGUAUAGGGUGACUGAUAUGAGAUCAUAUCGGAAACUCUUAGAAGGGCUUGCACAGGUGCCUUCUCUCACGCAGGAAGAUCCAGUAGAGCCUCUUGCGUUUUGUGCACCGAAUCCUGAAGAAAUGGUUAUAUUAAAAGGAAUUGACAAAGGGGACAUCAUAAGUAGUGGCGCACCUCCGGUAUCAAAAGAUGGAGCUGUUGGGCGGAACUCAGUUGAUUUUACUCCAUCAAGGCGAACCAAGCAUGACAGUAAAGAAGAUUUACCACUUGCUGUUGAAGAUUAUAAAGAUGAAAGUUCUGACAAUUCUAAGGGUGGUUAUGCAAAUUACUCAGAUGGUUCAUCACAAGACAGGCAGACGCACAAUUAUGGGUCCAACUCAAAGAUGGAAACCGUCCAAGAUCGGAAGGCUUACCCUGACAAGUUUAGAGCUGAAGCUUUUAGAGAAGACAGUGGUCCUUUUAGAAAGGCUGAUGCCAUCCAUAGGGAAUCGAGUGUUCAGGAGAAUAAUUCUGUCCAUUCUGGUGCUGUAUGGAGAGCCUCAUCACUGGGUGAUCGGUCACAUAUGGCUUCACAUGUUCGAAAGGACAUUCCAAGUGAUGUUAAGUCAAUAACCUCUGACAUGGCCUGGUCACAGCCACAGAAGGAUACCACUAACCAUUGGGAUGGUGAUUUGGCUAAAUGGCAGACCAGUGAAGAUUCUGUUCUUAAAAGGCAGGCAUCAAUAGUUAUGGACAGGGAGAAGGAAGCCAUGAAACUCUCACAGCCCUCUCCGGAAGAACUAAUACUAUAUUACAAAGAUCCUCAGGGUGAGAUUCAAGGACCUUUUAGUGGGAUUGAUAUCAUUGGAUGGUUUGAAGCUGGGUAUUUUGGUAUAGAUUUGCUAGUUCGUGUUGCAAGUGCAUCGAAGGACUCGCCAUUUUCACUACUUGGUGAUGUUAUGCCCCAUUUACGAGCUAAAGCCAGACCACCACCAGGAUUUAAUGUGCCAAAACAGAAUGAAAUCACAGAUGCAUCGAGUAGAGCAAACUACAGUGGCUUUGAUGUGAUGAGAAAUGAGACAAGGCAUAAAGAUGGUUCGACUACAGAAGCUGAAAAUAGGUUCUUGGAGUCACUGAUGGGAGGUAAUAUGAGCCAUUUGCCUCAAGGUUUUCAAGGUUACAUUGGAAAUAAUACCUCCAGUGUUGUUCCCCCAUCUGGAUUAGAUGGUUCAAAUGACCCAUACCUUGUGGCCAAGAGAAUGACACUUGAGCAGCAGAGGUCUUUACCCAGUCAUUAUCCAUACUGGCCAGGGAGAGAUGCUACAUCUAUGGCUUCAAAGUCAGAUAUGGUCUCUGAAUCUCCAACUCCUGCAAAACUCUUAUCUUCAGUAACUGAUAGUUCUCGCCCACUUCAUUCCCAGAGUAAUGAGUUGAUGUCCAUCCUUCAAGGCUUGUCGGACAGGUCUGGCACUAGCAUAAACAAUGGUGUUCCUGGUUGGUCAAAUUUUUCUGUCCAAGGUGGUGGCUUGGAUCCACUUAAGAAUAAAAUUGAGUUGCAUCAUGCUCAAAGCUUGCCUCCUCAAGCCCCCUUUGGUAUUCAGAAACAGAGGCUGCAAACACAGAACCCAACUUCCUUAAUAAAUUUAUUAGGUCAAACUAUGGAGAAUCCUGGUGGUAUCCCUGCUGGUAUCUCCACACCUGAAAAGGUACUUUCAUCUGGUUUACCACAAGAUCCUCAACUAUUAAGUAUGUUGCAGCAGCAGUAUUUAUUGCAGGCACAAUCCCAGUCAUCUGUUCCAGCACAGCAGCUGCUGUUGUUAGAUAAGUUAUUGUUGCUUAAGCAGCAACAGAAACAGGAAGAGCAGCAACAGUUACUGCGGCAACAACAGUUGCUCUCUCAGGUUCUGUCAGAUCAUCAUUCUCAUCAAGUUUUUGGUGAGCAGUCACUUGCACAGUUACAGGCUGGUAUAGCAACAGGGAAUGCAUCUGUUGACUCUUCUCGGCUUCAACCAUCACAGGAGUUGUUUCAGAGUGGUUUGCAGAUACCAGUUCCUAAGACCCAAGAUGAACGUACCUCAGACUUCCUGAAUUUGCCCCCGCAAGUCUUGCAGGAUGUAAGUCAUGCUGGUGUGUCUGAAGCCUCUGUCUUACAUUUGGCACAUCAGAUGCUUAAUCAUCCAAACUGGGGUGCUACUCUUCCAGAACAAAUAGAUGAUAUCCAUCAGAAAGAACCAUUGGCAGCCUCAACAGUCACUGAAGGCUUUUCCUUGCUAGAGACCAUGAACAAGUCUCUGCAGGAGUCAUCUCUGGUGCAGAAACCUCUCCUUGCUUCAGAAUGUCAUGCUCCUGUUACCCUUGAGAAGGCAUCAGAAGACACUUGGAAGACUAAUGAACAUGUCAGGGUUGCAACAUUGGAGGGUGCUGUGGACUCUGUGCCUUCGGAGGCCCAUGAAAUGUCUGUUACUGUACCAUCUACCGAUACUUGUGAGAAUAAACUAUCUGUGCCUGAGCUUGUCAAUGAUGUGACAGCUCCAGUAGAUAUUGCUCCUGAGGGACUGCAGGUUGAAAGCAAAAGAAGCAAUGAUGGACCCUCUGUGGUGACAGAAUCGAAGAAUGUUGAAGUUAAUGAGGUCAAGAAAACUUCUGAAAAGAGGUCGAGAAAGCAGAAGUCUAACAAGUCACACUCUUCUGACCAAUCAAAGGGAGCAUCAAAAACUUUGUCUUUGCAGCAAUCUAAGCUAUCUGAAACAGAGGGAGCGACUACUGCUGACACAAAGUUUGAAACAAACAAUGGUGCCAGAGAAACACAGCAUGGACCAUCUCUACAAAAGACAAGAGAGAGCAGCCCUGGGUUUGCUUCUGCAGAAAAUCCGGAUUCUCAAAAUGCCAAGGGCUUACUACCUGAAAGGAUUUCCAAGGAUGAUGUUGAAAUCGUGGAAACCAAGGAUGAAUCCAGAUUGGUUGGGUCUGUCUCAGUGCAGAACAGCCAAUUACAUUCUGGGCAAAGAGCUUGGAAACCUGCUCCUGGUUUCAAGCCUAAGUCAUUAUUGGAAAUUCAACAGGAAGAACAUAGGAAAGCACAGGCAGAAUUGGUGGUGUCUCAAAUCACUACUUCUGUCAACUCUAUCAAUUUGGCAUCUCCUUGGGCUGGGGUCGUUGCCAAUUCAGACCCAAAAGGUUCUGUGGAAAUUCAUAAAGAUGUAGGCACUACUGUGUUAAAUGUGGAGAAACCUGAAAUUUCUCCAAAUACAAAGAACAAGAAGAGCCAGUUACAUGAUCUUUUGGCAGAAGAAGUUUUGGCAAAGUCCAGUGAAGGAGUUGUGGAUGCUGCUCUUGACAGUAAGUUUGGUUUGCCGGGCUUGCAGGAUACUGCAAUGCAUGGUGAAUCUGUAGAUGAUGGUAGUUUUAUCGAGGCCAAAGAAACUAAAAAGAGUCGUAAAAAGUCUGCCAAAGCCAAGGGUGCUGGAGCUAAGGUCUCAGCACCUACUGAUGUUCCUGUUGGUACGAGUCCCAUUGAGAAAAGUAAGAACACUCGUUAUGUACAGGCGGAGAAGGAGGUAUUGCCUGCAAUACCAUCGGGACCAUCUUUGGGAGAUUUUGUCCUAUGGAAGGGGGAGUCUGCUAAUCCUUCCUCUGCUCCUGCCUGGUCUUCUGACUCCAAGAAGAUCUCUAAACCUACAUCAUUGCGGGACAUCCAAAAAGAGCAGAGGAAGAAGAUUUCUUCUUUGCAGUCCCAGAAUCAGAUACCAACUCCUCAAAAAUCCCAGCCAACUCAGGCUGCUGAUGGUAGUAAUAUGUCAUGGUCACUUUCUGCGUCUCCAUCUAAGGGUGCUUCUCCAAUCCAGAUAAAUUCCCGUUCUGCCUCUCAGUCAAAAUAUAAAGGAGAUGACGAUCUAUUCUGGGGCCCAAUUGAUCAAUCAAAGAAAGAAACUAAACAGGUAGAUUUUCCUCAGCUAUCAAAUCAGGGCAGUUGGGGGACCAAAAACACUCCUGUAAAAUCAGCUCCAGGCGGGUCCUUGAACCGACAAAUAUCUAUGGGUGGCAGAACUGCUGAGCGCACUCUUUCAUCUUCACCUGCUUCUGCUCAGUCUUCCCAUAAAGGGAGAAAAGAUAGCAUGGCCAAGUAUUCAGAGGCCACAGACUUCAGAGAUUGGUGUGAGAGUGAGUGUGUUAGGCUUAUUGGGACAAAAGACACAAAUUUCUUGGAAUUUUGUUUGAAGCAGUCCAGAUCAGAAGCUGAGAUGCUUCUGAUAGAGAACCUUGGAUCAUUUGAUCCGGAUCAUGAGUUUAUUGACAAGUUUCUUAACUACAAGGAGUUAUUACCUGCUGAUGUACUUGAAAUUGCCUUUCAAAGUCGGAAUGAUCGGAAGGUCACUGGGUUUGGUGCCGGAGAUAUGAGUUCUGACAAUGCUGGUGUUGGAGACUAUGACCGUGAUGAUACGGUUGGCCCUGAUGGGUCAUCAAAGGGAGGAGGCAAGAAAAAAGGGAAGAAAGGAAAGAAGGUUAGUCCGGCAGUUUUGGGAUUCAGUGUUGUCAGUAACCGUAUCAUGAUGGGGGAGAUUCAGUCGGUGGAGGAGUAGUAGGAGAUGUAAAUACAUUUGGCUUAACUGUUUUGUAAAUGUUUUUUCAAUUUAGCUUUUUUUUUUUUUGGGUUAUAGAGCGACAGCUGCAGUACUAAAUCAAUCUGCUCAAGCGAUUUUGUUAAGUUAUAUUCUCGCGGUAGAGUUCUUUGUUAUUUUUGGUCAUAGAACAAUCAUGCGAGUUUUUUUUUUCACCAUCAAAUUAACAAAACUUUUAUUGAUUUCUA